AUGGGGGAGCUGACGCCGCGGCAGGGACACCAGGCUGGGAAGGACGGGCCCUGCAUCAUCAAUGUGUUCCGUAAUGGAGACAGCCUGACCCCUGCCACACUGGUGGUGUUCCGGAGGGGUCAGCCUCCUCAGCAGGUGUUCGCCCUCCUGCGCGCCAAGAUGAAGUUUGACGUCAAAAGCCUUUACGUACUGAACGGCAGACGGAUUGGGGACCUGGCUCGCCUGAAGCAUGGCGGAUAUUACGUCGCCGCCGGACCGGAAAGGUUCAAGAAGGUGGAGUAUCGGGUUACAGAGGACGCCAUCACGCCCCGGAAACGGAAUGGCGUCUUGCCCCCUCUGAGAAAGGAAGUUACAGAACCGGUCAACACAAAAUGGCGGUCCGCUUCCCGGAAGGCCUUCAUUGCCUCCAGCAUGUCCCACCCGACAGGAAACAAGGCGCGGAAGCCGGAGGCCCUGAGCGAAGCCACCGACCGUUCCGUUCCUGCGGCGCGGCUGCGGCUAGAGUGGGUGUACGGGUACCGCGGGCACAGGUGCCGCAACAACGUGCACUACACCGCCGCGGGGGAGGUGGUGUACUUCACGGCAGCCGUGGGGAUAGUCUACAACCCCGACAAGCACACGCAGAGGUUCUUCAUGGGACACACCGACGAUAUUAUCAGUCUUGCUCUUCACCCUGAGCGAACUCUUGUCGCCACGGGGCAAGUCGGGGACGGGUCGGGGAAGGUCGGGACGGUGCCGUACGUCUGCGUGUGGGACUCCAACACGACUCAGUCCGUCUCCAUACUGAAGGGCGUGCACGCGCUGGGCGCCAGGAUACUCGCUUUCGACUCCACGGGAAAGCGGCUUGUAUCUGUGGGUCGGCUUGUAUCGGUGGGUGUCGGGCAGCGGCCGGAGGUUGUGGUCUGGUACUGGGGGAAGGGGCAGGUGCUGGGGAAGGACGUGGCACUGGACAGGGUGUUUGAUGUGAAAUUUAACCCUUGGAAGCCUGAGAACCUCGUCACGUGCGGUGUGGACCACCUGCAGUUCUGGACCUUGUCGCCAGAGGGAGGCAUGACGUCAGAGGAGGGUGACUUUACCGACAACAGCCGCAAGACGGCGCUAUUAUCCGUGGCGUUCGGGCGUGAUGACGUGGUGUACAGCGGGACGGGGAAGGGUGACGUGUACGUAUGGAGGGGCGGGAAACUCAGCCCACAGGAGAUCGUGCAGAACGCGCACGAGAGCAAGGUGGUGUUUGUGGAGGCCCUGUUGACUGAAGAUCCUCACGGGGCCGCUAGGGUGCGCGGCUUCUCCACGGUGUCGUCUGACGGGACCGUGAACCUCUAUGAUGAGCACUUCAGUCAGACCAACACCCUCAAACUUGGGGAGGGCGACAGGGACCUGUCUGUGUGCAGUCUGGCCUUCUCGCCGUCCGCUAAGACGAUCCUGGUCGGCACCACGACUAACGAGCUGCUGGAGGUGGACAUCUCGGAGCCGGAGUCGCCUCGCACCGUGCACGAGCUCGUGCAGGGCCACGGUGCGGGGGAGCUCCGCGCGCUGGCCGUACACCCGUCUGAACCCAGCUUCCUCACGUCAGGGGAGGACCACACCGUCAGAAUCUGGAGCAUGAAGGACCGGUCCCCCGUGCUGCGGCGCGAGGUGCAUGACGGGACUGUCAUGGCGGCGGCCUUCAGUCCUGACGGGUCACACAUCGCGUUGGGCAUGAAGGACGGCAAAAUAGAGAUUCUCUACAAGAGAGACAUGUCUCAGAAGACGGUGCACGUGACGUCAGACACCUUAGGCCAGGCCAUCUGUGACGUGAAGUACUCACCUGACGGCCGGUACCUGGCCGCCGCCUCGCACGACGGGAGGGUUUCCGUCUUCGACCCGACGCAGAACUACGACAGCGUUCGGCAGUUUCCGGCCGGUAGCUAUCCCGUCAUACACAUCGACUGGUCCACAGACAGCAGGUUUCUCCAGACCAAUGACGAGCAGGGGGAGAGGGCGAUAUACAAGAUGCCUGAAGGCAAGAUGGCGACCAAGCGAGACGACCUUUCUGCCAUAGUUUGGGAGACGUGGACGGGAGUGCUCGGGGACGAGGUGCAGGGCAUCUGGCCCAAGUACAGCGACCUCUCGGACGUUAACACCGCAGACGUGAACUUUGACCACGGCGUCAUGGUAACGGGAGACGACCACGGAUUGGUCAAGCUCUUCAGGUUCCCCUGCAUCAGGAAAGGGGCAAAGUUGCGGAAAUAUGGCGGCCACGCAGACCACGUGACCAACGUGCGCUUCAGCUGCGACGGGAGCCGUGUGGUUUCCAUCGGAGGGGCGGACAGUACGGUCUUCCAGUGGAAACUACUGCCGGAUAUACCGGAGUACGAUAACGGAGAGGACAUCAGCGUUACAGUUAUCACGGUCUUCCAGUGGAAACUACUGCCGGAUAUACCGGAGUACGAUAACGGGGAGGAUAUCAGCGUUACAGACUACGUCUCCUCAGACGAGGAGGAGGAAGACUCUGAUGUGUCGGACGCGGAUCUCGACAGCGACGUGGAACAGGAAGCGGAAGUGACGUACGACAGGCACGUCUCCAAGGAUGACGUCAAGAAAAGGAAGAAGAGCUUCAAGUACAUGACGUCAGGAGUGGAGAGGAACAAGCCGCCGGACGAGAGCCUGCAGCUCAAGUUUGUGCACGGGUACCGCGCACAGGACUGCAGAAACAACCUGCACUACACGCGUUCGGGCGAGGUGGUGUACCACGUGGCUGCGGUGGGGAUAGUGUACGAGCGGGACUCGCACAGCCAGCGGUUUUACCUGCAGCACACGGACGACAUCCUCUGUCUCUCCAAACAUCCUACUGACGAUAUCUUCGCUACUGGGCAGGUCGGGAAGGACCCAGCCAUCCAUGUCUGGGAGUCUGAAAACAUGGAGAACCUGGCUGUACUUCAGGGGCAACACGCUAGGGGCGUCUGUGAGCUGGACUUCACAGCGGCCGGUACCAGACUAGCCAGUGUAGGACUAGACGAUGACCAUUCCAUCGUCAUCUGGGACUGGAAAACCGCCACACCACUGGCAACGACCAAAGGUCACAAAGACAAGAUAUUCGGGGUGCAGUGGAACCCGUACGACAGCGCGCGGUUCGUCACAAUAGGCAUCAAACAUAUCAAGUUCUGGACUUUGUCAGGAAACAGUUUCACCUCUAGACGCGGGAUUUUCGGCUCGGCAGGUGAGAUAAACACCAUGGUGAACGUGGCGCACGGCAGCACACCUGAGGACGUCUACACAGGUGCUCCGAGCGGCCAGGUGUACGUCUGGCGCGGCAACAACCUGGCCAGGACGGUGCAGGCGCACAGCGGGCCGUGCUUCUCCGUCAAGGUCGACGGACACGACAUCCUAACCGCCGGUAAGGACGGCGUGGUGUGCGUGUGGACCGAGGACUUCGGCAAGUGCGUGAAGCGGUUCACCAUCAACCGGCACUUUCUGCAGGCCGGGCGGGCGGCACUGCUGGAGGACAAGCCACCCGUGCGCACGGUGUGCCCGGGGGAGGGGGCCGUCCUGGUCGGCACCAAGAACGGGGAGGUGCUGGAACUGGACAGGGCAACGGGCAAGUUCGCCAUACUCGCACAGGGCCACAUGGGUAAGCACAGAGAGAAUGAGCUAUGGGGCCUUGCCGCUCACCCCUCGGAAAAUGGCCACAUGGGCAAGCACAGGGAGAAUGAGCUAUGGGGCCUUGCCUCCCACCCCACCAAACACAUCAUGGCCACGGUGAGCGAUGAUAAGACGCUGCGGCUGUGGGACGUGGCCGAGAACGUCAUGCUAGCGGCGCGCCGCCUCGAGGUGGGCGGGAGGUGUGCCGACUUCUCCCCGGACGGCAAGCUGCUAGCGGUCGGACAGAAUAACGGAAGCUUCUUCGUUCUUAACCUGGAGUCUUGGCCUUGGGAGAUCAAGAUCAAGUUUCACCACCGGAAAGAGAAAAUUUCGGACGUCCGGUUUUCUCCAGACGGGAAGUACCUUGCUGUCGCCUCUCACGAGAACCACGUGGACGUGUACAACAUGGAGAAGGGCAAACGGGUGGGGAUCUGUAAGGGCGCUUCUAGCUACAUCACUCACGUAGACUGGGAGGGCACAGGACGCGUGCUGCAGGUAAACUCAGGUGCGCGGGAGCGGCUGUUCUUUGAAGUGCCGCGGUGUAAACACCUGCCCAUGCGCGAGCCGGACAAGACGCUGCAGUGGUACACCUGGACCAGUGUGCUGGGUCCUCUUUCCAGUGGGGUGUGGCCUGCCGGAUGUGACGUCACGGACGUCAACGCCGUUUCCGCCUCCCACGACUGGAGCCUGCUGGCCGCUGCAGACGACUUCGGCUUCGUCAAGCUCUUCAGGUUCCCCUGCGAUGGCGACUACGCCAAGUUUAAGAAGUACCUAGGCCACAGCAGUCACGUGACGAACGUGCGGUGGUGCCAUGACGACACGAGGCUGGUGACUACAGGCGGGAUGGACACGUCAAUCAUGGUGUGGGUGCGCCGCCGCAGUGCACCACGGGACGACGGCGCAUGCGAGAGCGACGACUCCGAUACAGAUGACGAUGGGGAAGACGAGGAUGAAGAAGAAGACGAUGAGGAUAACGUUGAAGACGAGGUGGAAAAUUGA